AUGGACCAAAAGCAAAAUGAAGAUUAUUACCCUUUGGUCAAACGAAAAGACGGAACCCUUGCAAUGGCACGUUGUGCCAGAGGAGAAUCUUCUUCCAGUUCUAAUCCUUGUAAUUCAACUCCUAACUUAGAUGAUGCUUUCAAUAGAAGAGGCAUCAAAACUUUCGGGCGUGAAGCAGAUCUUAUAGAAGAAAUAGUCACAGAUGUACGGGCUUACAUAAUUCCUAAAUUACCAUCUUAUGUUGACAAUCUAGUUGGGAUUGAGUCAAGAGCACGUGAUAUAAUGUCUCUCUUGGAGGUUGGGUUGGAUGACAGACGUUUUGUAGGGAUAUGGGGUAUGGGCGGGGUGGGUAAAACAACUCUUGCUAGAGUUGUUUUUGAAAAACUAUCCCACGAUUGUGAAGUGUGUUGCUUCCUUGCUAAUGUUAGAGAAACAUUCGAGAAAGAAGGCAAGGUCUCUUUGCAACAGAAGCUUCUUAAAGUCAUGACUAUUCCUAAUGAUUACGAAGGAUUGAAGAUGAUAAGAAAUUGUCUCUGCGAUAAAAAGGUUCUUCUAGUCAUUGAUGAUGUAGAUAAUGAGGAUCAAUUAACUAAUUUGGCCGAAAGUCCAGAUUGGUUUGGCAAAGGAAGCAGAAUAAUUUUUACAACAAGAGAUAAGCACUUGCUCACCUCAUUUGAAGUAGAUGAGCAAAGAAUAUAUGAGAUGAAAACCAUGGAGGAAGAUGAAUCUCUUCAACUCUUUUUAAACAAAGCAUUCAACAAAGGCCAUCCUCCUGAUGAGGCUUAUUGGAAGCUAUCUAAAUCUGUAGUUGAACAUGCAGCUGGUCUUCCUUUGGCACUUAAAGUUUUGGGUUCUUUUCUUCACGGAAGGAAAAAAAAUGAGUGGAUAGAUACUUUAGAUAAAUUGAAGAAAAGUUAUCUUGCUAAAGAUAUUUCUCAAGUGCUUAAAAUAAGUUAUGAUGGAUUGGAUGAGCAACAACGGGCAAUAUUUUUAGAUAUUGCUUGUUUUUUCAAGGGUUACAAAAAAAAAAUGUAA